AUGGAUUUGCUUCAGAAAGGUCUCAGCGUUGACAUUGCUGCAGCACAAGCGUCCAAAGAAGAGGACAAGACACGGAUUUUGAACUCCGUGCGAUGUCCGCGAGCCAGGACAUGGGCAUUGGACACGCCUUUUCCAACGCAGCACCCCCGCUAUGAUGCCGUCAACAGAGCUUUAGCCUCCCACUUUGCACUGACCAGCAUCCAGCAGUCAUAUCGUAACGGACAAGCGCAAGCCCCAUCAAGCCUGUGGCAAGCACUACGGUCAGAUGCAGAAAGAAAGAACAUCCAAGUGUCACUGACAGGCUGCCACAGUUUCCGAGACCCGGACUUGCGUAUUCUCAUGGAUAACCUGCCAUCCCAACUGCAAAGUCUACGGCUCGAUCUUGCCUACACUGGUUUGGAGCGUUUGGAUGAUCUAGCGGGUGCUUCCGGUGCUUCCUUCGGAAACGCCCUUCAGACCCUAGUGAUUCGCUUCGCAGGAUCUUUAAGAAGCAUUUCUGGCUUGUCUGCUUUGCUUUGCCCUUCCUUGAGACGUUUGGAGCUGUGGCUGUCAGACCUUCCAGACUUAGAAGACAUCGAGUUGGGCGUCAGCAACAAGGCAUUGUUGAAGCUUCGUUUGGAGGAGCUGGUCUUGUAUGUGAAUGGCUGUCCCAGCGUACCGCGCGAAUCCAAGACAGCAUUGUUUGCUGCCACUCGGCAGCUGAAGCAGUGCCUUCGACGCCGGCCUUACAUGUGGGUUCACAUCGAGGAUACAAACACCUGGACGCUGAAUCUCUGCCUUGGGAAGCUCAAGGUGGGUCGUUCACAAAGCCACCUUGAGAUAGGUUCACUCAGUUCACCCACGCCUCCUGCCAGCGCAGCUUCGCUGGCCGAGAUUCCAGAGUCACAAAUCGAACCUCGACCCAAGGAACCCCUGGAAUGCAUAGCUCCAAGUUUGCAUGGCUCCCUGAUCCGUUCCCGUGCCAUUGCUGCGCGAAGUUCCACGGAAAUUCUCAUGGUUUUUCAAUAUGCAGAGCUGCUGAUGAUUUUCUUUGUACAAGCCACGGCUGAUAUCGAAUCGAGGGGCUUGCUGGCCUUGAUUGUCAUCUCUUUGUAUCCUGUGCUCUGGAUGAGCCUUGAUCGAUUGGUGGGAGGGUCGGCCACCGCAAUUUGUAUCGUGUUGAUCUCGCUGCUCUUCGCAUCUGUAUCUUAUGCACUGCUGCGAUUCGAUCAGAUGCACCGAGCGACUCUGGAACUGUCGUUGGCUUCUGAAGCCAUUUGCUCACAGGCGAUUCGUCCUGCGAACUUGUCGCACCUCUCUCUGGUCUUUGGAAGUUCCGCUGAUGACUUCCCGAACACAGAUUUGCGACAAAGCGAAACGGAUUUGACAAGCAACUUCCGUCAGGCACGGAUUCACUUUCUCAGCUUUCAGACGCUAGGUGUUGUAGCUCGGGAUUGCCUCAGGAAUGCUCUGCGCCAAGCCCUGGGCGAAGGUGAAGUGGCGAUUGCAACAGCAAAUGCAAAGAUCAAGCGCCUCGCCGACCUUGAAACGAGUCAAGGAUCUCGCCACGAGAUGCCACGAGUCAAAAGCCUUGAAGCCAAGUUGUGUUCAAGUUUUGUUCAGAUCUGUUCAGAGUUGCUCUGUGAUUUGGACAUGCUCCUCCAUUCACAUUUCCAGGAGCAGACCAUGAUGUUCUUUCUUGCGAAAUCCAUUGUGAAUCCCUCCAGCAAGUUCAACUGGUGUUAUUUGGCCACUGUCGUUCUUUGUGUUGCCUCCUUAACAAGGCUGCAGAGCAACCUCAGUGAACUUUGCCUUUUGGCCGAUGCUUUUGGCCUCUUGGAGGAUGCAAAGCCUCGAAGGUGGCUGCAACGUACGGAUGGUCCAAGGAAUGCAAAGGGCUCAAGUUUUGGAGAGAUAGCGAGUUUGCCUCGCGGCUCACAGAUUUUGGAUGCUCUUCUUCCGGUGCUUCUGUCACUGGCUCGUUUCAUUGCUAUGAUGACGGCAGCUUAUUUCACGUGUCAAUACUUCUUUCGCUACGGCCCUUCCAGCUUGCACGAAAGCAUAGAUCAACUGGGACAGCAUCGCUUUGUCAAAGUCGCCUUUGGAGAACGCUUUGACGGCUCAUGGUGGGAUGCCUUGUGCUUAUCAGGGCCUUAUGCAGUUCUUGUAGUGGUUUUCGCACGCGAUUUGCUUUGCUUUUCUGCUCCGACAGCUCAAAAACGGAAGAGCAGACAGCUGUCACAAAUUGUCUAUGACCGCUAUUUUGGAGUUGAAGGCACCUACUACAUGUUCAAAGUGGCUUUGCUACAGCUCCUGACCAUUUUGCUUCAGGCGUUUGGGAAGCUUCAUUUGCUCGGUGGCAUUGCACUCUUUGCAGAACAGCAAAGGCUCUCAGUUGCAGAAUCUUUGAAG